UUGUCUGCCGCGUCCCGGACGUUUGUGGCGGUGGCAGCGGGUUGGGGCGGCCGCGCCACCAUGGCGGUGCGACAGGCGCUGGGCCGAGGCCUGCAGCUGGGUCGGGCGCUGCUGCUGCGCUUCGCGGCCAAGCCCGGCCUGUCGGGCUGGGGGAGGCCCGGCCCCGCGGCGGCCUGGGGCCGCGGAGAACGCCCGGGCCGGGCCUCAGGCCCCGGAGCGCAGCCGCGCCCGCUUGGGCUCCCCCUCCCCGACCGCUACCGCUUCUUCCGCCAGUCGGUGGCGGGGUUGGCGGCGCGGAUCCAGCGGCAGUUCGUGGUGCGGGCCCGGGGCGGCGCAGGCCCUUGCGGCCGAGCGGUCUUCCUGGCCUUCGGGUUGGGGCUGGGGCUGAUCGAGGAGAAGCAGGCGGAAGGCCGGCGGGCCGCCCUGGCCUGUCAGGAGAUCCAGGCAGUUUUUACACAGAAAAACAAGCUGGUGGCUGACCCACUGGACAGGCGGUACUGGCAGGGCUUUCGUCUGGAGGAUUACCUGAUUGGACAGUCCAUUGGCAAGGGCUGCAGUGCUGCUGUGUAUGAAGCCACCUUGCCUACUUUGCCCCAGCACCUGGAGAAGGCCAAGUGUCUUGGCCUUCUAAGAAAAGGCCCAGAUGUCCUCCCAAAGGGAGUGGAUGAGGAGCAGGCACCAGAGGCCCCUGCCUUUCCCUUCGCCAUCAAGAUGAUGUGGAAUAUCUCGGCAGAUUCCUCCACUGAAGCCAUCUUAAGCAAGAUGAGACAGGAGCUAGUCCCAGCAAGCCGGGUGGCCUUGGAUGGAGAGUUUGGCGCAGUUACUUACAGAAGAUUCAGACAUGGUCUCAAGCAGCUUGCUCCACACCCCAACAUCAUCCGGGUGGUCCGCGCCUUCACUUCGUCCGUGCCCCUCCUGCCAGGGGCUCUGGUUGACUACCCCGAUGUGCUGCCCCCAUGCUUCUACCCAGAAGGCCUGGGCCACAGUCGCACACUAUUCCUCGUUAUGAAGAACUACCCCUGUACCCUGCGCCAGUACCUUCAGGAGCACACUCCCAGUCCCCGACUGGCUACGGUGAUGACCCUGCAGUUACUGGAGGGCGUGGACCACCUGGUUCAGCAGGGCAUCGCCCAUCGGGACCUCAAGUCCGACAACAUUCUUGUGGAAUUGGACUCAGACAGCUGUCCCUGGCUGGUCAUCUCCGAUUUUGGCUACUGCCUAGCUGACGAGCAUGUUGGCCUGAAGUUGCCUUUCACUAGCUGGCAAGUGGAUCUUGGUGGCAAUGGCUCCCUGAGGGCCCCUGAGGUAUCCACAGCCCAACCUGGCCCCAGGGUAGUAAUCGACUACAGCAAGGCUGACAUCUGGGCUGUGGGGGCCAUUGCCUAUGAAAUCUUUGGGCUCACCAAUCCCUUCUAUGGCCACACCCACCUGGAGAGCUGCAGCUACCAGGAAGCUCAGCUGCCUGAGAUGCCCAAGUCGGUGCCUCCAGAUGCAAGACAGCUGGUGAGGUCACUGCUCCAGCGCGAGGCCAGCAAGAGACCAUCUGCCCGUGUGGCCGCCAAUGUGCUGCACUUAAGCCUCUGGGGUGAGCCUCUGCUGGCCCUGAAGAAUCUGAAGCUGGACAAGAUGAUUGGCUGGCUCCUCCAGCAAUCAGCGGCCACUCUGCUGGCUAACAGCCUGCCGGGGAAGAGCUGUGUGGAAACGAAGCUGCAGAUGCUGUUUCUGGCGAACCUGGAGUGUGAGGCACUCUGCCAGGCAGCCCUCCUCCUCUGCUCCUGGAGGGCCACCCCGUGAUGCCUAUGUGCUGCACUGUCACUAAAAGACUCACGGGCACCUGUGUCGUGAUGUCAUGAUGGUGUGUGAAGGCCAAAGCAGGUGGCGUGGUUUGGGUGGGUGGGAGUUGGCACAAGCUGGGGUGGAGGGGCUGGUCAGCCAAAGAGGAAGUCUCAGGUUCAGCAAAUGGAAAGAGCGAUUCAGGCUGUAGACAUGCACUAGCUGUGCGGGUUCAAACAAAUCCCAGAGCCCAUCCCAUUUGAAUCUCCAGUAGAAUUAAAACAUCAGUCCAGAUGAUUUAA